AUGAUAUGGAUAAACACGGACGUUGUGGGUCUAUUUGCUUGGUUGAUACAGAGCGCGUACACUGGGAAAAGUUUUAUAGAACUAACUAACGUAGCGCCUUGUCUUGCUUUGUGCAUUCUUGGCGAUAUUCAGGCAUUCUUUCAUAUGAAACACAGCCGUACGACUCGUAAAUUGAUACAAUCUCUAUGUUAUCUUCAAUCGAUGUCUGCUGAAAAUGAAAAGGAUAAAGAUGAUAUUACCUUUCUUAAAGCUCAGAUAAAAAUUUUCCAUAUAGCGGUUAAAAGUCUCACAGUCAUAAUAGUACUAGGUAUUGCACAAUUUGGAAUCAAUCCUUUUGUAAUAACUGCUCUACAUUACCAUAGAACGGGUGAAGUGGUAUUAUCACAACCAUUUAUAGUUCUGUAUCCCUUUGAUCAAACUGAUAUACGCUAUUACUUUUUUGUUUACGUGCAUACUAUGUGGUCAGCGGUAAUCGCUGUAUUAACAUUACUCGCACCUUGUUUCGUAUGCUACGCUUGUUCUACAUUCAUAAUUUAUCAAUUUCACCUUCUCAAAAAGAACAUAGAACAAAUUAUACCAUAUAAGAAUACAGUACACUUAAAAGACGAUGAAUUCCGAGAAGAGUUUAUGGAAAUCAUUGAACGUCACAGAAGAUUGAUACAAUGUGUAGAUUUAAUGGAGAUUGUAUACACAGAGUCGACUCUAUGCAACGUUGUUACGAGCUCAAUACUUAUUUGCCUCACAGGAUUUAAUGUAAUGAGUUCUAAAUUAAGUGAUGCUGUAUACAACUCCCAAUGGUAUGGAGCAGAAGCAUCCAUUGUUAAAGAUUUGAUGAUAGUUGCUGCCAGAGCUAGAAAACCAUGCAAGCUCACUGCUCUUAGAUAUACCGAUAUAAACUUUAAAACGUUUACUAAAAUAUUAAGUACUUCCUGGUCUUACUUCGCUUUACUAUCAUCUGUUUAUAAUCGUGAAAAAAAUCAAGAAAACAAU